AUUAAACCGUUUGCAAUUGUUCGUUUUUACACAAGUUUUUAUAAUUUACAUUUACCAGUUUAUAUUACAGAAAUAAGAAAUAAACAAAAACCUUUGACAAUGGAGGAACCAGUUAUGAAGAAGAAAACUAAAAGGAAAAUACGAAGUACACAAGAUUUCAAUGAGUUUAACAGAAUAAGUUUACUAACUCCUUCAUCAAAAAGUGAUCGCUUAACAAAGUCUGUUACUAAGAAGAAGAACAAUCUUUUUUAUUUGCCCAAAGUAGAUUUAAAUCUGAGUGGAUCCAAAGAGAAUUACUCUCCAAACAUUGUAGGAGAGACCAUUGUCAGAAAAUCAAAAAAGUCAAGAAAGAAGUUAGAUUCUUCUGAAGAAAUGAAAAGGGAGAUUUCUGAAAUUCAACCACAGGAAACAAAAAGCGGAAAAUUAAGCGAAGGAUUGUCAACAGAAGAAGAUAAAAGAGAUUCAGAAGUGGAGUUCAAAAAGAAACGUAGGAGGAAGAGGAAAAGUAAGACAAAAUCUGGGGCACAAUCUUCCUCAGAAAUAAGUUCAAAUGAGAAUGAAGUUCCACAAGAACCAACCGACUUAUUUUCCAACAACAAUAAAGUCAACACCCUUGAUGAAAUCAAAGUCACAGAAGGUAAAGUGUUAGGUGUAAGAAAAAGUAAUAGGAUUAGUCAAGGUUUGCAAAAAAAUGCAGUUAAAGAAUUUGACAGUCCACAAAAGAUAGAUCAUACAUAUAAUAAACAACAACAACAAGAUGAUGAGAACAAAGGAAAUAAGUGUUUUGUUUUACAAAGAGGUGAUACAUUUGUUCAGGACACACCUAGUAAAAAACUUGUGAGUAAAACUCCAAAAAAGUCAGUUAGAAUAUCUAAUAUUUCUAACUCUGUUACUGACAUUGAUAAUUCGUUAAAAAUGAAAAGCUUAGUUACAAGAAAAAGCGAUAAAUUUAAUGAGAACAUACAUCAGGGAGAAAUUGAAGAAAGCUUUACAAGUAGUAACAAUGGACCAAGUUUAAGUGAACAUUCUAGUGAAAACAUUGACGAAAGUAAAACAACACAGAAAAAGUCAAUUUCAAGAAAAAACAGUAUAGGAAUUCACCCCACCCCUAACAAAGGGAAAACUGCAUAUAAAACUCCCUUAAAAUCAAGUUAUACACCUAGUAAUAUUCAGUCUGUUGAUAAUAGUGAUCACAGAAGCUCUGUUUUCAGGAAAAGUAUCCACCAAAGUCCUAUCAUGAGGAAGAAAGAAGAAAAACAAAUAAUUGAUGGGACAUCUAACAAUCAUGACACAGUAUUGAAAAAUUUGAGAUCUAGUUCCAAGAAAAGCAUCAGAUUGAGUCACAACACUCCAAACCCAGCUAAAAAGCAAGAAAGGCUUACUUUUGAUAAAAAAGAUAAUGAUGAAGAUAUGGAGCCAAUCAACAUGACUUCAAUUGGCAAAAGAAGCAUUCAUUUUAGUCAUGUAACACCCAAAAAUACUAAACAAGAGGAACAACAAUUUAUAAAUGAGCAAGAGCCUUAUAUUAUGGGUGAUAAUGAAAUAAUAGCUUCUAGAUCGACUUUAAAGAAAGGUAACAGAACCAACGAUGAAAAUAUUGAGUCAACAAACACAAGUGUACUUGGUAAAAGAAGUAUUCGUUUCAGUCAUGUUACACCGAAGAAUAUUAGACAGGAAGAUCAACACGUUAUAUAUGAACCAUAUAUUACAGAUGAAACUAAAAUGACAGCUUCUAGAUCGAGUUCAAAGAAAAGUAACAGAAUUAACAGUGAAAAUAUUGAGUCAACAAACACAAGUGCACUUGGCAAAAGAAGCAUCCAUUUGAGUCACGUAAAAUCAAAGAAUAAUGAACAGGAUGAACAAAAAUUUAAUAAAUCCAAAAUAUAUGACAACUUAAAUGAUUUCAAUAAAAGCAGUAGAAACAGUUCUGUUUUAAAAAGAAAGAGCAGUAGUAGAGCUACGGAAUCGAUAGCUCUAACCCCAAUCAGUUCAGAAUAUAUAUCUGAUGAUGUGUUUACCAGUAAUGAAAAUUUGUGUGAAACUAUCGACAUUGGGAAAUUAGAAAAUGCAGAAAAUGACGGAGAUACAUUUGAGUUACAAAAUAUCACUUUCGAGAUUUCUGAGCUACCUGUUGUGAAUGAUGCCAGUUCUGAACAAGUCGGAAGAAGAUCAAAAUCUUUGUAUGGUUCUUCCACCGCCUCCAAGAGCAAAUCAGUAAGCUUCAUGACUCCUAAUUUGAGGCCAAAACGUAAAACCAGUGAUGUACUGACACAAUCAUCCAGCAAAUCUAUAAAUGUAAUUUCUCCAAAUGGGGAAGACAGUGGUUCAUUGUUGUGGUAUACUCGUGAAAGUUCGAAAAUAUACCCUAAAUCACCACAUGUUUUAAAAGUUUCUUCCAGUUCUUUCCAUAAGAGUAGCGGGAGUAUUUCUGAAUCUAGAAGGUCAAAAUCGGUAGAGGAAAAUAGUGAUUUACAUCGUCCUCCUAGUGAUAAUAUAUGUAAAAAACGUAAAACAUGGAAUAGGUCUUUGGGAGUGUCUAUUCUAGAUGAUUCAGGUGUAUUGCACUCUGUAUCACCUCCUUGGGAAAACACAGCACUACUAGACAGUUCAAGCAGCUUUGAGCCUCAACCAGAUUCACCAAAAAUUAGCCUAAGUCCUAUAAAACAAAUAGACUCUCCAAAGAAGUCAUUGAUAAAUUCAACUAAGAAAUCAAAUUCUACUAAAAAGGUACAAAGGUCCGACCGACAGUUGAGUCCAAGCAAAUCAAAAGUACUAUUUACUGAAACGAUAAGCCCCAUAAAAAAAGAAUCACAGAAACAUUGUAGAUUCGACGAGACAACUGAAAAAAAUAAACAAACCAAUAAAAGUACAAUGAAAAGAACAAAACUACCCAAUUUUGCAUUGAUCCAUCAAAAAGCAUACAAUAAAUUAGAAAAUCUGAAGGAAAUGAGCGAAAGGAAAGCAUUGAGAGCACACCAGCUAUUAUCUGGAAAGAAACCACAGCCAGAAACAAGUUUAUCAGUUUCAUCGUCAAGUUUGAAAGUCAAGUCACCCACGCUUAAAUUAAAAUCUCCCAAAAGCAGGAAAUUUUUAAGGUACAGUCCCAAAAAGAGUCCCCUUCAAAAGCCUAAUAAACUUGAACAGCUGACUUCAAACAUGUUGAUUACCAAGACUAAAACAAAAAUCACUCCAUCCAAGUCGAACGUUAGGAUUGUUAAGCCCGUAGAAAAGAAAGCUGUCGUGUCCAAAAUUCCCAAAGCUGUAACUGCUGAGAAGAAAGGUUUAUCCAGAUUAGGCUUUAAAGCUGGUGCUGUGGGAAACACUAAGGUGUCAAGGGUAGAACAAUUAAAAGCAACGGCGAAUAAAACGCAGCCGAAGAGGAAUUCGUUGGAAAAUAGAAGGGAGGUCGUUCAGAAAGUUAGAACCAACAGGAGGUUCGAAUUACUAAUGAAGAUGAGAAAUGCCAAUUCUUAAUCGUUAUAUUCCGUAUUCGUUUUACAAUAUACGAAUUAGUUUGAGACAAGUCAACUUUUGAAGCGGUUUUGUUUAGCUAAAUUUUUACUACUUUUAUUACUAUUUUAUAUACUUACUACUUUUUAUUACUAUUUUACUAUUUAUGAUUCAAAAUAAAACCUAA